AGCAUACUACACACUAGAUGUCUAAUGACAUGUGCACGUCUAAAGUGGUUUGAUAUGCAUCUCUUUUUUUCUUGCAUCCCUCGAAGGGCUGUUUGCUCAUCGUGGUUCUCUCCUCUCGGUUGGUUCAACAUCUCCAGACCCGUUUUCAACCAUUCCUAAGUGAAGUGGGAUGCUCCCUAGGAAAUCAUUCAUUAACUUUAUAAUCUGAAGAAUAAUCAUCAGGUAUAUCCAUAAUCUACUUUAAUCCAUGAUCAGUUAAAUGUGAUCGGUUUCUAACUAGUUAAUGCGCUCCUAUAAUGGCAAGUUUAGUGUCAACAUGAUUUUGGACUUUUCUUAGUAUCCUAUACCAUUCGAAUUUCCUGUAUCUGCAAAUUGAUAUGGUUACGACCUAAUCUCGUGUCCUAAUUUCGCCUUGGAGACAACACUAACUGCUUUCGGCUUGACAUUGAUGUUUCAACAUGGCUGCCACUCCGUCGUCGACUAGGACUGCGGUUCGCGGGUUCGUGCUCGAAAGGCGACGUCUGCAAAUGACCCUCUUCAACUUCGAGGAUUUGGCGGGAAUCGGAAGCAAACUCUACUCACCCAAUGCUCACAUGAUGUACCCGGGGUGUAGCCCCAUGGAGGAGAAAUCACCAGAGGCUGUUUUUCGCUGGUUCCGGAAACUUGGCGGGACAGAACUGGGAAUCAGCGUGCAGGAAGUUGGAGAUGACAUGGACAGCGAACGGCUCUUCGAAUGGAGCUAUGUCAGACUGACCAAAGCCGGUGGUCAGGUGAUAAAGGAAGGAAAGUUAGCAGCAGUGUGGAAGAAAAAUGGAUCCAAUUUUGUUAUCGACGUAGAGAGCUUCACCCACAACGCUUAAAGAUCUUCUCUCUUACUAGUUUCAAAUUUAGUAAUCAAAUUCAAAUUUUAAUGCGUUUAUUAACUUCACUUUGGAUUGAUCCUAAGUGAGAGUUUUUGUGCGAGUCGUAUAUAGAAUGGUUUUACGAACCAGGAUUUUAAUACCGGGUUUUAAUACUUUUGUUUAAAUAUAUCGACCGGCCGUUUUAUCUAAAAUCUACCUGUCAAUCGAAGCAGAACGAGAAGUUGGUAAUAAUUGGCGUAUAUUCACGCUUUGCAUACCGUAUGAAAAAUGUGUGCAUCUGAAAGUGAGUGAAGAAAUAUUCGGUAUAAAAACUAUUAAAAAGGGCAAAAAGAUGAAAAGCACUUGUAACAGUGAUAGCGCCAUGGGGCAAGAGGUGACCCCUUGGAAUUUAUUGAAAAAAAUGAAAAGACAGAAAAGGGGCGGAAAAUAAAAAAAAGAUGGAAGAAAAAAAAGAAAAAAGAAGUUAUGCGUCGUGUAAUAGCCCCUAUUUUAUUCGAUGAAUAAGUGAAGUCGCCUAUUUCACCUUGCCCUAGCUGAAAAAAAAGAUCGCCACCCUCUACCAUGGCCUUCCAAGUGGUAGAGUAAAGGUCAUUUUGGAAAAAAAAAUAGAUUCUGAUAGUAUGCCUUUUUACUAUAAAAGUGUCAAUAUAUGCCAACGACGUUUCAAUACAUUCAAUUCAUGAGUAUUUAUCAUGUUUAUUGGAUUAUCAGACUAACCAGUUAUCCCCCUGAAAAUGAUGGACAAGGUCAGUUAGUACAGAUCCUUCCUACCAGAAAAUAUUAACAGGGACAUGGGAAGAGAGUGUGCUGGUAUUGAAAAAUAUAUUAUGACAAGAAAAAAAGAUGGCCUCUGAAAAAAAAAAUGAAGAUGAAUUUGGUCAAAAAAGAAUGUGAUAAGAAAAAAAAAAUGGUAAUCAAUCCAAACUGAAGGUGAUUUUUGUCAAAGUUAUACUUUUUAGCAUACCGACCUGAUUUCCAGGGGUGCUACCUAUGGUGUAUAACAUAGGCAUAAGCAGCACCCCAUUAGGGGAGGGGUUGCUUCAGCAUUCCCACUUCCCCCACUUAAUAGGAAGACUGGGAGUUAAUGUUGCCGUGCAAUAUUCUCUCGAAUUAGAAAAAAAUGAAAUCUACACGACCUGGUUAAAGAAUCAUUCAGUGUAUUUUAUGAUUGCAUAAGAAAAUAUGUGAUAUUUGAAUAAUUCUCCCAUUUCCGUUCACCGUUUUAAGCCUCGCUUCUUCCUUAUGUAUUUUUAUAUCUUUAUUUAAACUUCUUUUUUUUUUGGGGGGGGGUGCUUCUUUCCUUUGUCCCUUAAGUGAAAAUAAUAUUUGAAAUGCGGAAUAUAAUUAAAAAUGAUAAGAAAUUGAUUUCAA